GUGCGGGAUAAUCAUGGAGACCAGGAAGCCACAGUAUCAGCAUUUCAUCCCCCAAUUUCUUCUCAGAAACUUCUCUCACAAGUAUGUGCCUCCCGACGGGGCCAAAGCGGGGAAGUCCAAGAAGCGAAGCAACAACAAGAAGUAUCCAGGAGACCCUGUGAUCAACAGUCUUUGUCUAUCUGAUGAAUAUCGCAUCGAUGAAUGUCUAGUGAGGCGAGUCUGCGGCCUGGAGAACAUGUACGUGGACACGACAAAACCGGCCAAAGAACAAGGCAGGCUUGAGAAGAAGUUUGGUGUGCUUGAGAACAGAGCGAGCUGCGUGUAUCGAAAGAUUACCAAGGGGUACGAAGAAGGCAAGUCGGGCAUAUGGUUGAAGAGAAGCGAAAAAGAUAUCCUCCGCAAGUUCAUCUUCUUGCUCAGCUAUCGCGGAGAGCAAUACCACCGGAAGUAUAACCUCGACAGCCUGCAAGAUUAUGAAGAGGGCGAUAAGAGUCUACUACAGGCUUACAUGACAGAGAACGACUUCGCCAGGCCGAUUGAUGUCUGGCUGCAUAGCCUCGAGACAAUCAUUGACUUGGACAUGGACGCAGAGGGACGUUGGAGGAAGAGCAUAUUCAAGAGUAUCUACUCCCCCAUCGCCGACACGUUCGUCAGCCACAUCUGCGACAUGUACAUGGGCAUUUGCACACCUGCAAAUCCCGACGAGGAAUUUGUCCUCGCAGACAACUGCUACAAUGUGACAGAAGGACCGACGAAGUCUUAUUACGACGACACCUUGGGCAAAUACAUCACCAGGUCUCCUCGCUUUCACAUGUUUGCGCCAAUCUCCCCACGGCUCAUGAUCGUCUUGAGGCAUAAUCUUUUGCCUGAGCCGAACCAAGACUCGGAUCCAGAGAUGAGGGAACACCGGGAGUUCAACAGACAGCUGUGGAUUGACACCAUCUACGGCAGCGGAACGAAGUCCAUGUUGGAGGAUCUCCCCAUUAGGCGAGCAGCGAACAGUUACUCGCACUUUGUUAACGGAAGAUGGAUGCCGAACACCGGCUGGAACCAGCGGCUUGGUGUGAACGACGAAUUCUGCUUCUCGACCUUCAAGAUAGCCACCUGCCAUGUCCGAAAAAUGAAUGGCCUCUUGAUCGACCACGCAUUCCAUGGCUCGAGGAUUGUUUUUAAUCGGAAAGAUGCCUUCCUUGACCUAAUGGAAUGGUAUUUGACAGAACCAUGCCAGGUGGGCAAAAACCUCUUGGGCGAACACGUAGCUACGCAGUUGGCGUACAUCAAGGGGCUCUCUCGGUUUAUGCUACGAGAAGGAAGGGCGGUGGUGGCUGAAUGGACAUUUUGGCCGAGCGAGCAUCGCGAUCUGAAGCAGUUUCAAACUCAGAAUGUUGCUGGGGCGAGGUUCUUGGAAGAGGUUAGGCAUGGUGAAAGUGAUGCGGGUUUCGAUUUUGGAGCAAUUUACAAGAGAUUAGGUACCGUCCCUUUGUCCCUGGCUCCGAUGCAGAUACUGAUCUUAUGUCUUAGGCGGAACGAACGAGGCAUUUGA